AUGCAUCUCUGGCACGAGACAGCCUACACUACGUCAUGCGCCUCUAGGGCGCUGGUCCCGUAUGAACCAUCACUUUCUGGAAGUGUUUUUAAGGGUUUCUCUGGUCCCCACUUUUGGUACAAGGGAAGGAAAUAUUUCGACUCGGGAGACUUUGCUCUUAACCAAGCUCAUCGGUCAUCUAACAUUGGCAACGUCACAACAGGUCAGGAACAUCCAAUCCGUCAGGAAAUAUCAGAGCCUUCUAGUUCGGUCCCGAGUUCAAGCAACAUUGAUGAUAACGCAACCCAGCCGUCAUCAACGAGACAAAGAAGCCCAGAAGUAAAGUUUCAUGCCCAAACUCACCUUCAUCAAGAGAUGGAAAGCCCUCCCGAGAGUGAACAUCAUAGAACAGAUGAGAGAAAUAACGGGUAG